AUGGCUGCCAUCGUGGACGAAUAUUUAGACACACCCAUGGAGGCGGACGAUGUGUUCCCCUGCAAGGGGUGCGGAGAGAUCCUCGAGGAAGGAAAAGCGUUUGAGCUCUCUGGUAACCGCUGGCACCUCGAUUGCUUCCGCUGCAAUACGUGCGGCACUCUUCUCGACUCCGACGCCAACCUCUUGCUCCUCGGCGACGGUUCCCUCAUCUGCAACAACUGCACAUACAGCUGCAAUGCUUGCGGGAACAAGAUUGAAGACGUGGCAAUCCUCACGGGAGACCAGGCAUUUUGCGCAACUUGCUUUCGAUGCCGAAACUGCAAACGCAAGAUUGAAAACCUCCGAUAUGCGAGGACCUCGCAAGGCAUCUUUUGCAUGGGAUGCCACGAGACGCUCAUGGCCAGGCGCAAGAAAAAGUCAAAGGCUGCCGCCGCCGCCAAAUUACGGGAAAAGGACCUGUCACCGAUGAUGGUGGAAAAGUCCCUCCCAGCGCUACCGCCCAAUGCUCUCCCGACCAACGCCUUCUCCAACGACCGCGCCGAUCCUGACUCCGACACCCCCACCGAGAUCUCUCCCCGCCCUCGCCCCACUCACAGGCAAACCGAGUCGUCGUCUCGGGGAAGCUCACGGCCGUCCCGCUCCCCCGAGCGCGAUUCGCUUCCUAAGUCCGAAGGGCUAAGUUUACCUGCGAGCACCUAUCGAAAAAACCGCAACUCCUCCAUUCUAGUGACCGCCGAGCUUGGCCAGGGGGACUCGCCCGAAAGCUUCUUCAUUCCCGUUGCUCUUGAUCCGAGUCCCGGCCCACAUGCGACACCUAGGUCAACGUCCGAAAGCGCCGGAGACGCGUCAAGGAAAAAGAAGGAGGACUACUUCAGCGUCCCCAAGUCCACAAGCUCCUCCGAAAAGCGAAGCGACUCGCAGGCCUCAACGCCUCACAUCGCGUUUCAGGGCAAGGGUCGCCAGUCGUCGACUGGCCACAACGGUAGCCAGACCAAGCCACUCUCUCGGAAACUCUCCAAGGCGUCGGAGCAAGAUCUAAUCAGGUCCUCGGCAUCGGCCAGCGACUUCAAGUUGCAAGAUGCUCCCAGCGCCAAAAGGAACCUGGCAUCGCGAAGCAGCAGCUCGCACUCUUCCUCGACUCCGCAAGAAAACAACACGACCAAAAAAUCCAAUGGUGUUGCCCGCAAUGACGGUCCGCCGAAUCUGUCCGAGUUGAGAAGGGCCAAGGAGAAUACACCGCCUCCACGAGCGUCGCAGGACUCCAGAUGGCAGGACGAUGAUGACAUGAGCUCUUCGCACGACUCGACUACCAGAGGCACUACCAGAUCGGACAAGUCUAAGGUUAUCGCUCGAAAGGAGCUUCCGUCGACAGCAUCGAGAAACGCAUCCAACGAAAGUCGGCGAUCCCAGGGGACAGCCCCGUCUUCAGAACAAAAGGGCUCAGCGAGCGACACUUAUAUGCACCCCCGGGCCGCACCGAUGGCCCCUAUUGGCCAAAGUCAAGUUGUCAAAGAACCGGCCGGCUCCAAGGAGGAGCCAACCUCGCCAAAGGUCUCUCCGAAGCUGCCUAGGUGGAGCAGUGGAGGUGACUUCAGCUUGGACGAGGACAUGGCCAGGAUUCUCGGGACAGACGAAGGCUCGUCUUCGAUCCUGCGCCGCGUCUCAAAUGUCGUUCGGCACGGUCGCACGAGCAGUGUAGAGACCGGACAGCACCCGCAGCGAAUCGGCCAUACCCGCAGCAUCAGCGAGACGACUCGGGCGACUGUCUCGCCCAGGUGGCCAAAAUCUCCCCUGGGUGAGGAGCACCAUGGACACCCUGACAUUAGCAGCCCCGUGUCGCUCACCUCGGCGGACGAUCCCGCUCUGCUCAAGCGCCAGCUGAGGUUCUCGGAGCAACGAGUCGCGGAGCUCGAGCGACAGUUCAACACGGAAAAAGAUCUGAUGAACCUCAACAAGAAGCUUGUGGAAAAGAGAAAGACGGUCUCCGUCCUCGACACUCAAACUGAGAUUAUGAUUCGCCAGCUCGAGGUCUUGGCCGGCUACGUCGAACGGGCCAAGGAGACCAAGACGCCCAUUGACCCUCGGGAGCUGGAAGAUUCUGCCAUCAAGGAAUUCGUCCAGAAACUCGAAAAGGUCAAGGUGGUCAUGUCCACUUCCAUCGAAGUGCUCCACGAGGAACGUGACCGGUUGGUUGAGGAGAAGAACCAGGCCAUGGCGGACCGAGACCGUGCUCUGAUGGAGUUUGAGCAGCUGUCGUCCAAGAACGCGCAACUUGCAGAGAUGAACAACGACCUCACUCACCAGAUCCAAGAGCGCUUCAAGUCUCAGAUUGGCACAGAGGCAAAGUCGCCCAACGGGCUCGGAAUCUACGGCCACAAACAGAGCGCCGGGGGUUCCUCGAGCAACCUCGACACUGCUAGCAUGACGACGGGCAUGACACUUGUUCCCGAUGAAGAUACAAUCGUCGAGGCUGGCCCGACUGUUGUUCAGGUUCGAAAGGGCCAGGUUAAAAAGUUUAACUGGAAGAAGGGAUCCAAGACAAUGGCGCAAAAUGUGGCCAAGGGCGUCAACAGAGCCGUGGUCGCUUUCCAGCAGAAUGACCGGGAGAGGAUGCCACAUCAGGGCCUGGUCGGGGACAACAUUGGCUUGCCGUACAACAUGACUGUGUCACAGGUGGAGUCGCCUGCGCCCAUCGGACCCAACAACAUAGGCAUGGGCAUGGGCAUGGGCAUGGGCGCCGGCGCCGGCAUGGGCGCGGGCAAGCAGCAGCUGGAUCCCGGGCGACAAGGCUUUGGCUUUUUCGGCAAGAAGAACACGAUGCCCAAGUCGACCUCGGCCAACACUGUCUCCGCCGCGACUGUGGCUGAGCCGGCAUCGACGCUCUUUGGAUCCGAGCUGGCCGAGCGAGCCGAAUUCGAGCGACGACAGAUUCCCACGGUUGUGACACGCUGCAUCGAAGAGGUGGAGCUGAGGGGCAUGGACCAAGAGGGCAUCUACAGAAAGACGGGUGGCAACUCGCAGGUUAACAUGAUCAAGGAUGGCUUCGACAAGAGCGACAACUUUGACAUCUCAGAUCCCGACCUGGAUAUUACAGCAAUCACCAGCGUAUUGAAGCAGUACUUCCGGAGGCUGCCGACUCCGCUCCUCACGUUUGACGUCUACGAACGCGUUUUGGAAUCCAAUGCGAUUGCCGACGAAACGGAAAGAUGCGAUCACUUGCGCAAGACGUUUCUUUCGAUGCCCCCAAGGCACAGUGACUGCCUCGAAUUUCUGAUAUUCCAUCUCUCUCGUGUUGCCCAGCGCGAGCCCGAAAACUUGAUGUCGCCCAAGAACUUGGCGGUCGUAUUCGCGCCUACAAUCAUGCGCGACCUCAGCAUCGAACGAGAAAUGACCGACAUGCACGCAAAGAACAUUGCCGUGCAGUUUGUCAUUGAAAACAGCCACAGAAUCUUUGACGACGCGUGA